AAUAAAGGUGUGAGUUUGUGGUUAUCCUAAAGGUUUAAUAUAGUGUCGGAUUGGAAGAAGGAUCCAUCCACACCACCAGCCAGGAGUUAACAGUGCCGGAGUGGUCUCCGCAGUGUGUGGGAAUAGAUUUCCCACUGGCCCUAUCCCCAAGCAUGGAAUAACGGUGCGUACUGCUGCAGGGAAAGCGUGUGUGUGUGUGUGCAUGUGUCCAAGUGUUUUGUGUAGUGUUCAUCUCGUUGAUUUAGUUACUUGCAGCUAUUGCUAGUAAACAUCGGGGAAAUUAUCGCAAAAAGUACAGUAUAUACACAGACGACAGUCCCAGUGGGAACCGUCGAAGAUAUUUGAUUCCUUUGUGUUCCCCGCGCGUGUAGGAGUGGUGCCGAACGUGUUUUGCUUCGAAACAGAAGCAUCCGUGUUUGUGUGCGUUGGUGCGUCGUAACGCAAUGAUGCCGGCGAAAGGAUUUCUCCUUACGCUGCUGGUGCUGGUUGCUAGCAGCAGUUUCCAUGGCCAUCAUCAGGUGAAGGGAGAAAAGUAUGAAGAUGAGGACGACUACUACGACUCAAGAGAGCGUGUCCUGGAAAACUCGUACCACGGGCUGAUAAAGGAAAAUGAAACAUUCGUUGAGAUAACGCCACUGAUCAAAGUCGACGAGACGAAAAUCUGUGGCUUUCACAUAAUCAAAAAGAACAAGGAAAUUCCCUUUCAGAUUGAGCUUGUCAACGAGCUUGGUAUCCUGAAAGCGAAAAAGACACUGAACUGUGAAAAGCGGAAAAACUACAAGUUUGACAUUACGGCCGUUUUUUGUGAUGGAUCACAUUCGAAAAGCGCGAGCGUACACAUCUCCGUGAUUGACAUUAAUGAAUAUUCGCCAACAUUCCUGCAGCCCUCGUACGUCACAGAGGUUGACGAGGGUCGCCUAUACCAGGAGAUCAUCCGUGUAGAGGCUACGGACAAGGACUGCACGCCACUGUUUGGCGAUGUGUGCAAGUACGAGAUCCUCACCAACGACCAACCGUUCACCAUCGACAACGAGGGUUCGAUACGCAACACGGAACCACUGUCGCACAAGAUCUCGCACAAUCACAUCCUGUCGGUCGUGGCGUACGACUGUGCCAUGAAACAAUCCGCCCCGGUCAUGGUAAACAUCCGCGUGCGGCGUGUGUGCGAGGCGCACGUUAUGGGAGUGGCGGAGCGUAUCGACUACAUCGCCAACUCGAUGGAAAGUGUGUCACUGUUCCCGAAGAUUCAUCUCGAGCUGUGCGAUAUGCAGUGCAAGGGCGAGGACAUGGUUAUCCAAUCGUCGGUAUCGCUCAAAACCAAGCACAUCUCGUUCGGUUGCGAUCGGGACGCGAGCCAAUGCAUGCGCCGGCUGAACGACAAUGGACAGCAGCGUGAUGGUGACACGUCUGGAUUGGUUGACUUGCUGCAGAAGAAUACCGACUGGACGAAGGACCUAACGUACGAUGAAGGUGCCGAGGCGAUCUUCCACUUCGAUGGCAGCUCUGGUGCGAUCGUGCCGAAGAACGUGGUGCAACCGCAAGAUUUUGCCGCCCAUCAGUUCAGCAUCGUGACGAUGUUCCGGCAUCAUAGCAUCGCGACCAGUGACAAACACACGAAGGAACAUAUCGUCUGCAGUGCGGACGACCACAAGAUGAAUCGACACCAUAUGGCGCUGUUUGUGCGUAACUGCCGGUUGAUUUUGUUGCUCCGCAAGGACUUCAACGACGGUGAUCUGAACAUCUUCAGCCCGGCCGAGUGGCGCUGGAAGAUCCCGCAGGUGUGCGAUAACGAAUGGCAUCACUACACGAUCAAUGUCGAUCUGCCGAAGGUGGACCUGUUCAUCGAUGGCAUACGCUUCGAGAGCAACGUCGAGGACCGCCACAGCAAUCCGGAAGUCAUUGAUGAUUGGCCGCUGCAUGCCGCGCACGGCAUCAACACGACGCUUGCCAUUGGCGCCUGCUACCAGGGCUCGGAAAAUCGGCUCAAGCAUGGUUUCAGCGGUGACAUUGCGGAGAUCAAACUGUCCACGCGCAAGGUGCUGACGGCGAAUCAGAUCCGGUGUGGGACGGAUUGUGCGGAGAAGCUUCUGCCACCGGCUGACCACUACCUGGAACCGGAGCAACAGAUCCAAUCGAACACGCAGAUGAACAAGAUCAUUAUCGAGGGCAGCAACAAGACGAACAUCGAGCAGCUGUUGCAGCAGAUUCAGUACAUCAACUCGAAGGAAAGCCCCACGAUCGGACGCCGCAACAUUCAGGUGAUGACGACGGUUAGCUGCCCGAACAAGAAAGCUAUCCGGUUGCCAACGAUCGAUACGUACAUCAUGGUGAGCGCGGCAAACAACUUGUCCGGCGGUAGCACGCUAUCGUCCUCUUCGUCGUCAUCUUCCGGGCUGUACAACAAGAUACUGGUCGACAAACCGCUCGCGACCGACCAGAAACCACAGAUCGUGAUCAGCGGCAACUCGAACCACCUGGUGUCGUACCCGGACAUUAAGGAGGGUGUGAAAAUUCUGGCACAGAUCAACAUUAGCGUUUACACCGGCAAGGACAUCCGGCCUGAGCUGCAAAAGCUCGACUCGUGCAACGUGAACGUAUUCCCCAGCCUUAACCCCGACCACGAGGAAGUCACAAUUGACGAUAAGGACGGUGCGGAUGAGUCGCUGUUCAAGUUCGACAUCAAGACGCAAAUCAGCAAGGAGGGCGUCGAGAUGAUCGGUUACGACACGAUCGAAAACUAUCAGCACGUGCUGAAGUCGCUGGUUUACAUCAACAAGAAACCGGCCUACUAUCUGAACCGGGUGUUCAAGCUGACCUGCUCCCAGGUGGACGAUCAUUUCCGCAGCGCGGAAUACACACUGACGCUGACGGUGUUACACCCAAAGCAGCAACCAACCUCGUCGAUCGCUUCCGCCGCACCGUCUUCGAACGUUCUGCUCGCCAUCUCGACGGCACCGUCGGAGCAACAUCCAGCCGUAGCCGUUGAUUCGCACGACAACACCAACCAGUACGCGCACGUGAUGCUACACUCGCACGACGUCCAGGAAUCGCAGUCGAAGGUGCGCAGCAGCGGCGGUGCCACCCUGCUCGGGCAUGAGAAGCUCGCCUCGUCACACUCGACCAUGUUGAUCGUGGUCAUAUGCGCCUCGUUCGUGCUGCUCAUCUGCGGUGUCGGUAUCGCCCGUCUGCGCAACAGCAACGCUGCGAUGGCCGGUACCAGCGGUGGACAUGGAGCGGCCGGUGGUGCCGGUGGUGCGUUUUCGCGCAACCUCACCGACAAGCAUCUACCGUGCCCGAAGGUCGCACCCGAUCAGCAGCUCGACUGGGAUGAUUCGGCGCUGACCAUCACCAUCAACCCGAUGCAGCACGACGCACUGUCGGACGAAAGUUCCGAGUCGGAAAAUUCCGAUUCCGAGGAUGAGGAGGUGCUUAACGGGCGCUACAAAAACGUCAGUCAGCUCGAGUGGGACAAUUCCACAAUCUAAAUGAAUAUAUCAAAUAUUUUAAAGUAUGACAGAUUUAUUACAACAUCAACCCAACCACAAGCGCAUUGCAAAAUCCCUUUCCUUCUGCAUUAUCAAAAGCGAACAGUAGAUGCAGCAGCAGCAGCAGCAGCAGCAACAGCCAUACAUUCAAAACAAACGAUUCCCAGUACCGUACAGGCUAAAUACACCUCUAUAUAUAUCUGAAUAUAUAUAUAAAUUAUAUCAACAGCUAUACUCUCAUGCAUACAAAAGGAUUUACCCUUGGGAAGUGAAAAACAACAUACACACCGACACAUCAGUUUUGCGUGCAAUUAAAGUACGACAAAUACGCUCCGGAGGGGGAGGAUAUGAAAACAAGGAACAAAUUAAAUAAUUUGCAGACACACCACUUACAAAAUCUGUAUGUGUGUGUGUGUGGGAGAGAUUAAAGGGUAACAAACACUCCAGCCCCAAUCUCCAAAGUGACUGCUUUCUAAUGCCCACAACCCACAAGAGAGCACAACAACCCCCCCAACCACCAAAAGAGCCACAGGAUGGUCACUUGCCCAGUUUUGGUUCCGGCCGAGCAGGAACGUAAGAACCAACAGUAAAACAAUCGCAAUGUACUUACCAAUGCUGCAACAAUGCAUAACGAUGUGCCGUGUAUGCAAAUGAAUCGUGCACGAAUGCACCACACAACAUACCACCACCCACUUAUGCUCGUUUUGUGGUCCCCCUCCCACUCGGUGUUGGUGGUGUGCAAUGCGUACACCACUUCAAUUUUGUGUGUGACCAGUAACCGAGACAAGGCUGUUGCAACUUCUCGUCCGCGAAAAGUAAGAGAAAUUCCGGCACACUGCACACUGGAGAGGAACACGACGCGUGCGUGUGUGUGUGUGUGCAAGCCGAGUAACAGCAUUCAUUAAAACCAGCUCUAGAAACCAGCUUAAUAAUAUAAAAAAAGGAUUCUAUAUUAUUAAUAAAACAAAAUCUACAGAGAAACAAACCGUAGCUAUAUACAGUAACAAAACAGAUACGGAACGAUAGUAGCGCAGACAGACGGCAAGACAGCUAGCAUAAAGAAGAUAAGCAAAAAAAACCUGCAGAAAGGGUAGUGAGAGAAUAAACGUAAAACGUGUGUAAUAGUGUGUGAGAUGUAUAAAAUUGAUUAAACAAAAAUGAAAAGGGAUAUAAACUGCAGCCGGCGAGCAGGUACAUUAGUAAUGCAACACAGUCCGUCUGCGUGUAAUAUGUAAUGUGUAACUGUUUUGUGUUUUGUGCGUUUAUGUACCGCUGGGCGUAUCUCCCGUUCUACCAUCCAUCCCAUCCCUCACAUGGUCGGUGAAGCACAGUGGCAAAUCAACACCGGCACUAGCGCGUAUCCUUCAUACGAUUAGUAAUUGAGGAAGCGACAUAGCAAACAAGCAACACAAAUAUAGUGGAGAACAACACAACACGGAACAUUUUAUGAUAAGACGACUAAACUAUCAUUAGUACUAUCGCUCUAUUACUCAAACCUGUGCUAUCAUCACUAUUACUACUACUACCGCUACUAGUACAGCUGCUAUCACCUGCACAGCGUAGUGUAAAGUACUGUUUUACUGCAUUACCAGAGAGAGAGUGACCGAAAGAAGGCAACAAAUGCGUCGCAGCUUUACAACCCCUGAACACAUGUGAAAGCACGCACUUGUGAGCGAUUGUUGGACACAUCAUCUAAGCGAACAGGAAAAAGGAUAAUUCAGUUCAUCAAGCAUUACUUCGUUACAAUGCGAAAAAUACAACAACGCCACAAUGGACCCACGAAAUUUGAGUGUCAUUUUCUGUCAGCUCAGCUGCGCAACUUCUACCAACAAUUUGGGAAACACCAAUGAGCACACAAUGGUGCAACAACAUACGUCUUUUUAAGGCUUAAGCGCUAUGUCCAUUUACACUUUCGUUUGCAUAUUUCUUAGAAGAAAUAUAAGUUGGAAGAUGAAAAAGCAAAUGAAAAGGAAAAGGAAGAUAGGAGGACAGAAACGGACAGAACCUAAUUACUCUUGCACGGUCCUAGUGUAUCCUUUGAACUAGAACCCACUCGCCUUAUUUCAACAUUUUGUACAAUUUAUUCGUUCCGUGUGCUUCUGUUGCACUGUUUUUUUUUUGUAUUGCACUAUCAUAAGAGUUUUAUCACAUUUUUGUGGGGGUUUCGACUCUUUUGCACACACACAUCGUUAGUGACAAGAAGGCAGCUUGUAAUGUUUAUAUACUAUCCCUUUUUUAUAUGCCAUAAGAGUUUUGUUUUGUUUUAAUCCUUUUUUCCAUCCACGAGCUGUGUGUGUUGCUGCUACUAGGGCUUACUCACGUUCACUCUCCUUCCCAGAAUCAGUGAAUAAUAUGCCGGGUAAACAUGAGUUUACCAACAACAACAACUAGCCCACGUACAUAAAAAAUUCACUUUAAUGUCAUGGCUUGCUGUAAAUUUUGAAUCACUGUCAAAAGGUGUGUGUGAAGUGUAAGAACGUUACAGUCGUCACAUGCAAACAGUGCGCGUAUGCCAUUCAAUUGUGUAGGCGCCUGUAGUUUGGAAGGCGAGAUUAUGCGACACAAAACAAUAGCGCGCAAAUGAAAUGAAGUAUUGUAAAUGAAAUAAAGAAUACGUAUGGAAAACAACCCGAAAACCGAGGGCCAUCAUCGUCCAUCAAAAUUGAAGGUGUUGGAAAUUGAGAAUAGAGCGUGAGCGUCGCGGUUUGUCCAUAAUAAUGGCGGUGUUUUGUAGGUAGUGUAUUGGUAGUAGCAGUAGUAGUAAUCCAACCCUCCCAGUGCUUCUCUCCUUGAUUCUCCCAGCCCAUGUUCCCACUUCCUUUGCCUAACACUCUAACAUAUCGUAUUUGCGGUAGGCUUACUUAGCGAAAUGUAAAACGACAGCUAAUACAAAACAAAGCAAAACAACACAAAAACCUUGUAUUAACAAAAUGUGUCCAUAUAAAAAUAUGUAUGUGUGUGUGUGUCUGUGUGUAUGAUAAAAAUUACACGCGCGCCACGUGGCAAAAUGGCGGAGAAGAAUGAGUAACACAUAGAAUAGUGUCAAGCCGACAACUAUUCAUAAGCGAGAUAUAAGAUCCUUACUUUUGCUUUUGUUUUUGAGCGUAUUAAAUGGCCUUUUAAAUGCAGGUCACCAAUGGAUAAAAGUUUCUGCGGAAGGUAGGAUAAUGAUGUGGUGUAGUAGUAGUCAGCUGUUUUAAUUUUGUAUUCCUUGUUUUGUCGUUUUAGAAUGAUCCUAAUUGAGUGCAGAAGGGCAAAUAAAAGAAGAAACAUUAUUUCAUCUCUCAAGGAACAAAACAAAAUAAUGCAACAGUUGUAUAUGAGAAGCGAUGGAAAGUAUCAGCAGCAAAUGCCCAACCUCCUUCGAUCGCGUUCGUAUAUCUGCUACCGGGUCGGGUAGUGCUUGUUCUCUUGCGUCACUGUAGUAACUGUCACCGCUGGUUACCGGUUAAACGCCCCGCAUGUGAGGCGUGCAAUCGAAGUAGUCGAUGGUUAGCCAAGUUAUGCUCAUAAUGCCAAACACACUCUCCCCAUCUCACUCAGCUCAGAAAACCGUCCAACAAAUGGAAAAGUUAUAAACGUUGCCACAUUUGAAAUUGAAAAUGAGUGUUUUUUUUUUGCAAUCAUCAAAAGUCAGAUUCUGCGUAUCAACAGAUAAAGCAUACAAAUGCAGCGUUCAGUUUGAAUAACAAAAGUGACAUGUCCUGUGCGUAGCAUCGUUUCUACGAUUAGACGAUAAAAUGUGAAUGGUUGGUGUACGCAGCCUCUGUUUGGUGUAAAAUCCUUUUCUUUAGAAAACUAAAGUCAUCCCUUAUUAAGCUCGAUUGUGUAGCAAAGUAAGCAAAAUUGUAAAAGAAAAAAUUGUGAAGACAUACUUCCAUAACAAGAGGUUUUGCAUUACGAAAAAGGAUGGAUGGGCGUUUCUAAAUUACCAACGCGAUGUAGAACAUAUUAAAGCGAAACACCACCUUUCUUUUGAUAGUUUUUAGUUUGGGAAUUCUGAUUGCAACAAGAAGUCAUUGUCACAACUUUGUCUAAACAGCAUUGUGUACUUGCAAACGAAGAGUGGGGAAAAACAUAGUAAAAAAGCAUUAAAAGAAACGAGCGUGUAGAAACAGAGAAGAAAUUUAAUCAUUGAAACAGUGAACUACAUUAAACAAAGUGACAAACAGUAACAUCUAAUAGCAGACACAGAUUCAGUACGCAUGGUAAAAAUGAGAGAACAGAUGAAAAUAAGCACAUAUAAAACAUAUAAAAGGAAAACAACGCAAGAUGGUUAAGGGAAUGUUGUUGAGUUAUAGCAAAGAGAUGCAGGGAAGCUGUAAAAGACAUGAGCAAAAUGGAAGCUGUUCUCUUUUUGUGUGAAAGUUAGGAAAAUAGAAGGAAAAAAGCGAAAAACAACAACACAGAUAGUAUAUAUAUAUAUACACACACUCACUCACCUACCCUAUAUACAUUAUAUAAUUGAGCCAUGAACAAGAAACACACAUAUACACACCUUAUAACAAAGUAUUAUGGCUUGCUUUUGUUUUGUUAUUCGCAAAUAACUUUUAUUCUGCGUAAAAGAAAAUUAAAAAAACCCACAGAAUGUAGGAUAAAUAAUAAGAAAAAGUAAACAACAACAAAAGUAAUAGAAAACACUGGUACGUGUGUAAAGAUGACGAAGUAAGUUUUUCAAUGAUCUCGAUCUCUGUGAAUUAGCGUCGUGAAAAAAGAAACCGUCGUGGUUGUUUUUGACCGAACAGGAUUACCUUUUCUUGUUUUUUCAAACCCAUUUCCUCCUGUUUGAAUGUAAGCAAAAUAGCGACAGAGCUUCAAAUGAAUGUAUCAACACUUCAACAAAUAGCAUCGAUUAACAAAAAACACACAAAAAUUUGAAAACUACCCCAAACGUCCUUAUUGUACACUUUGCAACCCCUGGAAACGGUCAUGUGUUUUCCGGUGGUUUGAAGCUGGCCAUUCAACGACCAAAAACGUCAAAUCGAACGUGUGCAACAGAUCGUCUAAAUCUUUUUUCCUGCAAGCUCCAUAGAUAGCUCCGAAACAAAGCAAAGCAAACACAAGAAGAGUUUAAAACUAGAGAAAAGAAAGUAUAACAUAUGCAACAAAAACAAACACACAAGACACAGCAACAAGCAUGAUGCUAGAAGGGGAAAACAUACAACAGCUGACAACAAGCGUGCAUCCUGCAAAAGUUAUGCCACACCUUCCCUCUGUAAUAAUCCCAAACAAACGAACAAACAAAAGUUCUAUAAUACGUCAAAACACAUACAAUACGGUGCCGCCUAAUUUUGUCCGUUUCGUUUACUUUACCGAAUAAAAUUUACUUAAUAAAACCAA